CUUCUAAUCCUCCUCAUCAAUCUCGCCCACACACCUUCCUCCAUUCUGACCCUGGCGACUAACUCGCUGCAAUCUUUGUUAAUCAUAUCCGGCCUCCUUGUGUGUCUGAGACACCUUGUGAUCCGUCCGCCCUUUCCACUAACCUGACCAUCGUUUCCUCAAAUCUGUUCAAUCGCGCACCCGACGUUCCUUGCAAGCCUAAAGCCUCAGGACUGGUUCCCAUCGGCUUCUCUGCGCCUCACGUUGCUCUUCGACAGUUGCUUCAACUCGAUGAUUUGCUAGAUCACUUUGUGUGACUAUCCCCACAACUCGAGCCACUCGUCACUUUUGCUGCUGUCCUCAGCUCCUGGUGUCAAAAAAAAGCUUCCGUGCCACAAUAUCUGCGACAUCCGAGUACAAAGGACCACGAUGGCCAGCAACAUCAUCGGAAACAGAAACAGUACCCCCGAGGCAUCCAAGACAUCUCUUCGACCUCCAACCUCGAGAACAAUCGGCUCGAGCAGCGCUCACAAUCAACCUGUCAGAUCCUCCGCAGACAUGUCAUUUACGUCCCCGCUCUCAGCGCGUUCUAUCCGUCCUGCUUCUGAAGUGCUCUACAAUCAACAAUCACAACAAGGCGGUUUGGACGAUUCGAGCAGGUUGGGUGAACAAUGGAUUCAGGAUAUUGAACAAUAUGAGACCAUGCUCGAGGAGAUGGCCGCAGCUACCCUGGAUCAGGAUUUCAAGGACGAACUAAGCGCAAUUGAACAAUGGUUUCGAGUCUUGAGUGAGGCUGAGCGUACGGCUGCGACCUAUGCUCUGAUCCAGCAGACAACUCAAAUGCAGCAGCGCUUCUUUGCUCAGGUUCUGAACCAGAUGUCAAAGAGUCAUCCCAUCUCAGGUGUCUUGUCUCCUGCAAAUUUCGGCGAGAAAGACCCCAUGUCCAGCCGGCUAAGCGAUGCCAUGUCCAAGUUGAACGUUGACGACAGACGGACAUCCAUGGGCCGCCCACCAGUCUCACCUGCUGGCAAUAAGCGGAACUCGGGUCUGGAUCAGUCGACGAUCCAUGCCAUGUUUCCCGACGCUGUCGCUGCCAUCCAGCAGCAAAAGGCUGAAUAUGCACAGCAGACAGGAAAUCCUCCCCCUUCCAACAGGAACAGUAUUGUUAUAGGAGAUAGGACCUCGCUGGUUGCGCCCACCAUAUCUGCUCCCAGAGAGAAUAAGACUGAAGCGUUGAGCUGGCGUCAAGGAGGAGAUUCUCAACAGCCUCCCAUUUCUCGACCAAAGUCUUCUUCCGGCCAUCACUCGCAAAUGCCGAUGGGACAAUUUAGCCAGCCCCCUGCAUCUGCCUCCCUGCGUUCUCCACGUCCUCUGGGCGCCCCCGCUGGUAAUAUCCAAAGUACUACUCUGACUGCCCCAGAGCCGACUGAAAUGCCAAUGCUAUCGCCCUACAACGUCGGUAAUCAAAGCUGGGCCUCGAUGACUAAUACUCCAAUGGUUCCCAACUUCAAUCAAACUAACACCCACAAUGACAUGGUUGCCAAUGCUACUGCCAUGAAGCUUGCUGCUUUGUCCACGGUCACGAACCGCAUUGCCCUUGAUGACGCAAAGAAGUUCCGGCGAGCUCGAUCGAACGAACCUUCACCACAAAGUCAUCCGCCCCUAACUCCUGGUCUUCAAUCUAGUGGCAUACCUGGAAUCAAUACGAUCAUGGUUAACGACCAAGGUCAGAUCCUGAAUGCUCAACAAGUUGCCGCCAUUCAGGCACAACAAAUUGCGGCGAAUCAGGGUCGUCGUUCGCGACCAAAUUCUCCAGGCAUCCCCUUGCAAACCCCUAUGGGGCAGAGCUUUGCUUCCCCUCAGCAUAACGGUUUCUUGGCCGCGUAUGAUGGAAAUCCAAUCAUGAUGGGUGGCGGCAUGCCUGGUCUCAUUCCCACCAUAGGUUCGUUUGGCGGAGGAGAAGGUUAUCUCUCAGAUCAUUCGGAGAUAGCCCGCGGGCGCUCUCCUCGUGGACGUCGUGGAAGCUCGAAGCCUCCCGAGGAUCCUACCGACCCCGGCUUGCUCCAAGACAUCCCAUCUUGGCUCAGAUCGUUACGCCUUCACAAAUAUACGGACAAUUUGAAGGACCUCAAGUGGCAGGAAUUGAUCGAACUAGAUGACAAGGGAUUAGAGGCUCGCGGGGUCAAUGCUCUCGGUGCGCGAAAUAAAAUGCUCAAGGUUUUCGAACAAGUCAAGGAGGCACAAUCCGAGGGCAAGCUUUAGAGAGGCAUAUGCUUGACGUCUGACCCUUUUCUUGAUAGCCAAUACCCCAAGUUCAAGCGUUUCGGCAAUUUGUUGACGAUCUGAAGCGAGUACGGAGCUGGGACUUCGUUUUAAGUGACGGCCGAAAUAUCCUGAUCUUCAACCCCGUGCUGAGUUUCUGGCACGCAUGCUGAGCUAAUCAAAUCCCCAUCAUCCAAAAAUGAGCAAUCAACUUGUAAGCUUUUCACCACGACUUUGAACACCAACAUCUCCGCUAAUUGUCAAGUCCGCCGGGCGACACUUGUUCUUCUUCACGACCUGGACGUUUUAUAUAGCGUGACGAGAUAACCCACAUACGAUUUUUCUAUGUGAAUCAAAAGAACACUUGACUUUGA